UUUACUAUUUUAGAACAACAAAGAAGACCGUCAAGCCCAACAGUAAGCACGUGUGUCUGUGUUUUCACUGUUUUCUGGAAGUAUCACCGUAAGACUGUUUACAGAAUUUAUUCUGUAAAAGAUAUCAAGAAGUAUAUUCUAUUAAUUAUUUCUUCUCGACCUUCAAUUACUGAGAAGCAAUAAAAAUGGGAAAGACGAAGAAAUUUAUCGACAAGAAAAAUUCGGUAACGUUUCAUUUGGUUCAUCGUUCGCAACGAGAUCCGUUAGUUGCCGAUGAAACUGCACCUCAGCGGGUACUCGUGCCUGUUGAAUCGCAACCUACUAAGUCCGAAAAGAAAAAUGUGGAUGACGAAAAACGUCGAACGGAGCAGCAGAAAUAUGGCAUAUACUUCGACGAUGAUUACGAUUAUUUGCAACAUCUUAAGGACGUUAGUACCUUGACAACUGAAUGGGAACGUGUGGACUCUGUACCUUCAAAGUUGAAGGAACAGAAAGAUGCCCCUAAAAUUAAUUUACCAUCCUCUGUAUUCGCUUCAAAUGUGGAAGAAAAAGUUGGUCUUUUGAAUAAAGCAGCCCCAGUUUCCGGAUUGCGACUGGAUUUGGAUCCUGAUGUAGUUGCUGCUAUGGAUGAUGAUUUCAAUUUUGAUGACCCAGAAAAUGAGUUAGAAGACAAUUUUAUAGAACUGGCUAAUGCAGAUUGUAGCGAAAUUGAAGAAGAAGAAAGGUCUGAUGUUUCAUCUGAAGGACAAAUGGAAUUCUCUGAUGAAGAACAAGAUGAAGUACACAGUUUAAAUGGUCCUCAAUUCACAUUUAAGGACGAAGAAACAAAAUCGAGGUUUACAGAAUAUUCUAUGAGCAGCAGUGUGAUAAGAAGAAAUGAACAACUGAAACUUCUCGAUGAUAAAUUCGAGAGAAUGUAUGCAGCGUAUGAUGAUAGUGAAAUUGGUGCUUUGGAUGGUGAGGAAAUCGAAGGAUGUCUUCCGCCAGACUCAGAGUUAGUUCUCCAAUGCGUAGCUGAGUUUGAAAAGCAAAAGAACGAAGCUGCUGACAAUGUUGCGGAGUUGAUGAAGGAUAGAAUGAAAAUUCUGGAGAAGGAGUAUUCCAGUUCGGAAGAUGAAAACGACUUAGAGGAUCUUGUUGUUGAUGCAAGGGAAAAGGAUAAAUGGGAUUGUAACAGUAUCAUUAGUACAUAUAGUAAUAUUUACAAUCAUCCAAAAUUAAUCUCUGAACCUAAGAAUCCACAGAAGAUCAAAGUUUAUUCUAGAACAGGCAUACCAAAAAAUGUUUUGGAGAAUCCUGCUGGAAAAUUAACUGCGAAGACGUUGGCUGAGUUUGAUCAACAGAAUGAGGAUUCAAAGCCGAAGGGACUUCGAUCUAUUGCGGAAACUAUGAAAUCUACUUUGAGUAUAUUAAGUAUACGACCAAAAGGUGAAACUCCGGAAGAGAGGAAGGAAAGGAAAAAAGCGCUUAAAGAAUAUAGACAAGAAAGGAGACUAGAGCGGAAAGCGAAUAGCCAGGCAUUUAAGGAAGAAAAGAAACGCCAAGAAAAGAUUGCAUUAAAUAAUAGGCAGAAUGUUCAAGGAAAUAGAAUACUUUAAUAUAAUAUUCAGUGUAUCUUGUGUUUAAGAAUUAAAUGCGUUUAUAUUUA